AUGUCAGUCUUACGCUAUAUUCUUCCGACCCUGGCUCUGGCACUGGGUGCCGUUGCCGAGUCUCGCAGUUUCGAGUUGAAUCUUUCGUGGGAAACGGCCUCCCCAGAUGGGUUUGCGAGGAAGAUGAUUCUGGUGAACGGGAAGUUUGCCGCACCGAGGUUGGAGCUCAACGAGGGCGAUGAUGUUACCGUGAAGGUCAACAACAACCUGCCGUACCCUACUACCGUCCAUUACCACGGUAUUGAGAUGUUGAAUACCCCCUGGUCUGAUGGUGUUCCCGGCCUCACCCAACGUCCCAUUCAGCCUGGAAAGAGCUUCGAGUAUAAGUGGAAGGCUACGCAAUAUGGCGCCUACUGGUACCACGCACACUACGAGGGCCUCAUUGAGGACGGUCUCUACGGAGGCAUCACCAUUCACCCCGCCGCCUCCCACCAGAAGCCUUUCAGCCUCAUUUCCAGUGACGGUGCCGCUAUCCAUGCCAUGGAGAAAGCCGAGAAGAACGUGAAUACUCUUCUCCUAGCCGACCACCGUCACAUGAUCUCGGAAGAGACUCACGACUUGUCUGCCGCCGCCAACAUCCAAUUCUCUUGCUACGACUCAUUUCUCUUCAACGGAAAGGGCAGCGUCAUCUGCCGCAGCCCCGAGGAGAUUGACGCCCUGAUGACUCCGGAGCGCCAGGAUGUUCUUGACAACGUUGAUGGUGCCCGCAUGACUGACAAGGCCUGCAUUCCCGCUGCCGUCAUCGCCCGUGGCCAGGGUGACCUGAGCAAGAUUCCCCCAGGUGUUUUUGACGGGUGCCAACCUAGCGAUGGUGGUGUUGAGACCUUCAAGAUCCAGAAGAGCAACUGUGAUAGUGAGCAGUGGGUUGCGUUCGACCUCGUCGGUGCUUACCACCUUCACACCGCCAUGUUCUCUAUCGACGACCACACCAUGUGGGUUUACGCCAUGGACGGUGCCUACGUUACUCCUCAAGAAGUCGAGGCUAUUCCCGUCGCCAACGGCGACCGCUACUCCGUCCUCGUCAAGUACAAGCAGCAGGGCGACUACACGAUCCGCGCCUCCAGCGUCAUCGCCACCCAGAUGCUCAGCGGUGUUGCUAAGCUUCAAUGGCGUGAGAAGGGCAAGCCCGAGCCCCAGAUCGUCGACUCGACUCCUUGGGUUCGCGACAACGGAAAGCCCGUCUCCCAGUCUGUCCGCGUCUUCCGCCAGGCCAACGCCAAGCCCUACCCGCCCAUCGCGAUCCCCCGCCAGGCUCAGGCCAUGCACAAGUUCGAGAUGCGCACCGAGGGCGGCUCGUACUACUGGGCCCUGAACAACACCCUCCUCCUCCCGGCCGACUACGAGAACGACCAGCCCGUCCUCUUCAACGUCCAGAUCAACGAGCAGGAUCCCACCGUCCUCUCCACCCAGAACAACACCUGGGUCGACAUGGUCUUCCAGGCCGGCAACCCGCCUCAGCCGCCUCACCCCAUCCACAAGCACGGCAACAAGAUGUUCCUCCUGGCCUCCGGCACCGGAAACUUCACAUGGAACUCCAUCGAGGAAGCCGCUUCCGCCAACCCUUCGGCCUGGAACUUCGUCGACCCUCCCCGCAGAGAUGGAUUCGCUACCCCGAACGCAGUUGACGACCCGACAUGGAUGGUUGUGCGGUACCUCGUCGACAACCCGGGCGCCUGGUUGCUUCACUGCCACAUCCAGAACCACAUCAUGGGAGGAAUGGCUGUUGUGAUCCAGGACGGAGUCGACGCCUGGCCCGUGACGCCGCAGGAGUACGUCAACUACGCCUGA